AUGCAUAUUUUUUUAGUAUCAAUGAGCUCGCAAAAAUGUGUGGACGCGGCGAGGACUCGAACCUUCGUCAAAAAUUUGUCAUCGUCUUCCGUUCAGCCGUCGAAACUCAGCAAAAAACUGCUCGAAUUCGUGCUCACCUGCCUCGGCUUCGCUGUCGGCCUCGGCAACAUCUGGCGAUUUCCGACGCGCGCCUUCAACAAUGGCGGAUCGGCGUUCCUGAUUCCGUACAUCACGUGCGCGCUGCUGUUCGGCUUGCCGGCCGUCUACCUCGAGCUGAUGGUCGGCCAACACGCGCAAGUCGCGCCGCCGUUGGUCUAUCGACGAAUCGCGCCGGCGCUUCAGGGCGUCGGCUGGAUGGGCGCCGGCGUCGCCACCACCGUCGCCAUCUACUACAUCGUCAUCAUCUCGUGGAUAUGCAUCUAUCUUGUGAAUCUCACGCGCGGACACGUCGACUUGUGGACGCGUUGCGACAACUCGUGGAACAAGAUCGACUCAUGCGUCGACAUGAUCAAUCAGAAUUUGUGUCGCGCCAACUCGACACGACUCGGAAUUCCCGCCGACCGCGUCAUCUAUUUUCGCGGCGCUUGCGUCGAUUCGGCCACCAUCAACACGACGACGCUGAUCAGCGCCACCGAGCAAUACUUCACAUACAACAUUCUGAAGCCAUCGAAGGGCCUAUUCGACAUCAACGCGUUCAAUUGGCAACUGAUGGCGGCGAUGACGUUCUGCUGGAUUCUCAACACCUUGCUCAUCAUCAAAGGAAUGAAGAUCAUCGGAAAAGUCUCAUAUGUCUCCGUCAUUCUUCCCUACAUCAUCGUGCUGAUAUUAUUCGUUCGCGGCGUGACGCUCGAUGGCGCCGCCACCGGCUUGUACUACUAUUUCGGCAAUCCCGACUUCGGCAAAGUGUUCUCGUUGAAGACGUGGAGCGAGGCGCUGAAGCAAUUGUGCUUCUCGCUGGCCGUCGGACACGGCGGUCUCAUGAGUAUGGCGUCGUAUAAUAAGCGAACGAAUAAUUGUUUUCGGGACGCCGUCAUUAUCAUCGUCGGCGACACGACGAUGAGCCUCGUCGGCGGCGCGGCCAUCUUCUCGACGCUCGGCUUCCUCGCGAAUCAGCGCGGCGUCACCGUGCUGGACGUCGUCGAGAGCGGCCUCUCGUUGGCGUUCGUCGUCUAUCCGGAAGCCGUCUCGCGAAUGCCGCUUCCGAUCGUCUGGUCGAUCUUGUUCUUCGUCAUGCUGUUCCUGUUGGGCAUCAGCACCGAAAUCGCCCUCGUCGACGUGUUCUGCUCGUGCCUUUGCGGUCAGAGCAAGACGUUCAAGACCCGCAAAUGGAUUGUCGUGCUCGUCUACAGCAUCAGCCUCUACCUCAUCGGGCUCGUGUUCUCGACGGACGCCGGCCUCUACUGGUUCGAGAUGUUCGACGACUACUCGGGAUUCAGCUCGGUGUGCACGGCGAUCGUCGAGGUCGUCGUCGUCGUCUACGUGUACGGCGCCGCGAACUUCUCGAACGACAUCCGCGAGACGCUCGGCGAGCCGCGCGCGAUGCUCGCCGCCUGGCUCGGCGGCACCUCGCCAUAUUUCGUCUGGAACUGGCGUCUCAUCACACCGACCAUCGGACUCGUCCUUCUCGGAUUGUCGGCGAUCCGGCAAUAUCCGUUUAUGAACAAUCCCGACAAAUAUCCGAUUUUUUUCGAUAUCGGCGGAUGGUCCCUUCAAUUGUUCGUCCCAUUCAUUAUCCCAAUCUUUGGAAUCGCCUCGUUUCUGCAAUUCAAACGUCGCGGAUAUGAUACGCGAGGCUUGUGGAUGAUUCAGAAGCAGCACAAAUCGUAUCAGAGGAUCUAUGAGGGAAUGAGCGAUGAGCAGAAGAAGCUGCAGGCAAUUCUGCCCGAUUAUGAGCCUUGGAAUGAGCCGGAUGCGACCGAAUCCGAAAACGUUGAAAUCAGCAUCGGCAAUAAUGACCAACUGGUCCCAAGUCUUUUAACCUAA